CCUGCAGAGGAAAAGCCAGCAGCGGUCGAAGACGCUCUCGAGGCGCAUGAGGACGUUCUCGCACGCGCAAAGGGCGAAGGAAUCAGUACGGCCUACGAGCUCAAAUGUCUGGUGGUGAACGAUGUCCUCCAACGACAGAUCGGUAUGGGGAGGUAUCAGUGGUAUCUGUUUGUCUUGAGUGGGUGGGGCUGGAUGGCGGACAACAUCUGGCUCCAAGGGAUAGCCAUCAUCCUCCCUGAAGUACAGCGCGAACUCGUCCCUGCGGGCAGUACGAACCUGCACGUAGAGUUCGCAACGCUCUCCCUCUACGUCGGGCUUAUCCUGGGUGCGACGACCUGGGGAAUAUUGAGCGACGUGAUCGGCCGCAGGCUCUCGUGGAACAUCACCUUGUUCAUAGCCGGUGUAUUCGGCAUCGCAGCCGGUGCCUCCCCCACGCUCGUCGCACUCUGUUUCCUCUCCGGCUGUAUCGGGUUUGGUGUAGGCGGCAACCUACCGGUAGACGGGAUGCUCUUCCUCGAGUUUAUCCCCAAGUCCCACCAGCCGCUGUUGACGCUGCUCAGCGCUUGGUGGAGUUUGGGCCAGCUCUUGGCUAGCUUGGUGGCAUGGCCCUUUAUCAUUAGGUUUUCGUGUGAUCCGACGGCGGUGACGUGUACGAGGGAGGAGAACCCCGGUUGGAGGUAUACGUUCUACACUCUCGGAGCACUCACAUUCGUCAUGUUUGUCUUCCGCUACUUCGUGUUCGACAUGCAAGAGUCGCCCAAGUAUCUGAUCGCUAAGGGUCGGGACGAGGAAGCGAUCGCCGUCCUGCAACAUGUUGCGCGUGUGAACCGGGUCACCUUGGACCUAACGGUCGAGGACUUGCAACGCGCUGUGAGAGCGGAGCUGGGGGACGAGCCCCAGCUGCCGGCGAAGAGCGCCUGGGAGAGCGUAAAGGAAGGGAUGACGACAUUCGAUUUAGGCCAUGUGAGGCCGCUGUUUUCCACUCCCAGGCUGGCGGUGAACACGAGUCUGGUAAUCUUCAUCUGGGGGUGUUUGGGACUUGCUUACCCGCUCUAUAACGGGUUUGUCACCCUGUAUUUGACUAAUGCGGGUGCGGCGUUUGGCGAUACGUCACUUAACACCACUUAUAGGAAUUAUGCUAUCUUCUCCAUCCUCGGCAUACCAGGCUCCCUCAUCGCCUGCGUCCUCGUAGAAUGGAAAGGCAAAUGGGCGUUCGGCGGGCGGAAAUUCGCCAUGGCCCUGUCGACCGUGCUCUCCGGGUUGUUCCUCUUCCUCUUCACGACAGCCAAGACGGAGCCCGCUAUACUCGGCUGGAACUGUGCGACCAGUUUGACGGAGAACGCUAUGUAUGGAGUAUUGUAUGCUUAUACGCCGGAGGUGUUCCCGGGGCCGCAUAGGGGCACUGGGGAUGGACUAGCGAGCUGCUUUAACAGGAUCUGCGGACUGAUGGCGCCGAUUAUCAAGAUUUACGCGGGGGCGACGAAUGCCUCGGCGCCGAUAUUCGUCUCAGCGUCAUUGUUUGUCGUGGCGAGUAUAUUUAUGCUUUUAUUGCCGAUUGAGACGUAUGGGAAGGCGGCGAUGUAG